UUUUUGUUUACAUUGGAUCGACAGCUGAUUUUUAUUAAAUAGGGUUAUAAAGCAAUUGUAAACAUUUCGAAGUAAUAGCCAUGCAAUUAUUAUAAAUUUUAAAAUUUCGUUAUUAUUUAUGAAUUUUCUAUCCAUUUUUUUAUAAUGUAAGACAUUUUCAAAAUUGAUACUGUAAGAAAAUUGAGCAGUACCUCGUUUUUAGCUCAAGCCUCUUAAGUAAAAAAUUAAUAGAAAAUUUUAAAUGAAUUUAAAGUUGGAAGCCUAAGGUUGAAUUUGACUUAAAACAAUGGAUCAGUUAUCUGAUAAUGAUGAUUUUGUGCCUCCAACUCCAAAAAUUCAGAGAAAGAAACUAUUAGAUUUGGCUAAUUCUGUGAGUUUGAAGCCAAAUCUUAAAAACAUGAGGAAACCACCUCAGAAUGUUAAGCGGAAGAAAACAAGUGGAGUUUCACCUGAAUUCAAGAAAUUCAAAGAUAAGGCUAAACAAGUUACAUUAUUUAACUAUUUAAAAAAAGAAUUAUCUCCAGUUAAAAAGCUAGAUGACUUUAAAGUUAAUGCUUCUAUUAAUAACACUGCUAGAGUUAUGUUAUUUCCUGAAUGUCAAAAAAAAAGUGAUCCUGUUUGUGAUAAUCCUAGUUCCAUGAAGUUACCAACUGUGGCAGAGUCUAAUCUUGAUACUUGUAAUGUAAGUAAUAAUAUUAAAAAUGAAACAGAUACAUCUGGAAAUAUUAAAAAUGGAAAAGUAGAAAAUAAAAUCAGUCCAAAAUUAUCUAAAUCUAGUUUAAAACAAAAGGACAGGUCUGAUUUGAAACAAUCCAGUUCGUGCGAAGAGCAAUUGAGAGUAAGCUGCCCUUUUAAAGAAUCUACAAAUAAGUUUCUAUUAAAUAAUACUCAUUCUGUAUUAAUUACUGACACUGACAUAAAAAAAGACUCAAAUCCUUCUGGAACAUUUGAUGCAAGUUCAUAUAAUAAUAACAUUUGUAAAGAUGUACAGAAUUUGAAGAUAGAUUUGGAUGACAGAAUUAAGUUCACAGACUAUUCCUUGUCGAAUCAUUCUUUACAAGAAAAUAAAAACUGUAUUCAAGUAUCAGAAAAAAUGAAUAUUUCAUCCAAUGAAAAUGAGGAUGUAAUAUUGGGUUCUGAAAAUUCAGUUUCUUGGUUGGAUGAUUUGGAUUGGAAAGCAUGUGAUAGUUUUACAGAAAUGAAUACAUCGAUUUCAAAAUGUUCUCGAAAGUCUGAAAUAAGAAAAUCCAACUUUAUAGAGAAUAAAAUUUUGUUUCAAGUGAAAAGUGUUUGCAGGACUAAGAUGAAUGAACUUGAGUUGACCUUGAAAUCAUCCUUUGGAGAUUUGAACAAAUGCAUUUUGAAAGGGUUUUGGACUGACAGUUUGGUGAAUGUUGGAGAUUCAGUGCAUAUAUUGCAGGAAUUUGAAAAUAAUACUGCUGUAGUAGAUAAUUAUUCUGGAUUUCUUGUAAUUAAUCCAGACUUUCUUUUGUCAAGUACAGCUGUUGUAUCAACUCUUUUCUGUAUGAGGAAAGCUGCUUUGAAUCACAUUUUACCAAAAUGGUCUUCUGGAAAUAAUGUUAUGAUGAUUGGAAAUCUGGUUCAUGAUAUAUUUCAACAGGCUGUAAAUAAUCACAUCAGUUCUUCAAAAGAAAUAAAUGACAUUCUUGAAAAAGUUUUGAAGAAAAGAGAAAAUUUAAUUUGCUUAAGUUGUCAAGAGUCAUCAGAAGCAGAAAUCAGAGAAAAGGUUCAAGAAUAUGUGCCUAGCAUUGCUAACUGGAUACAGAAGCACUGUACAUUUAAAGGGAAAGUACAUUCUAACAAUCUACAAGUUACUCAAGUUGAAGGGAUAGAAGAUAACAUAUGGAGUCCUAAAUAUGGCAUUAAAGGAAAGAUUGAUAUGACUGUUAAAACAUCAUUUCAGCAAACUACAAAAAUUCUGCCUCUUGAGUUGAAAACUGGGCGUGCAACUUAUUCUGCAGAACAUAUUGGCCAAGUGAAUUUAUAUAUACUAAUGAUGGAAGAACGUACCAAAGAAAUGUCUGAUGGUUUACUGCUUUAUUUACGGGAUGUUGCAAAUAUGAAAUUAGUUAGUGCUGAUCAUAAUUCACGCAGGGGUUUGAUUCAAUUGCGAAAUGAGCUUGCUUUUUAUACUUCUAAAUGGAUGCAAAGAAAUGUAGAUGUUUCUGACAUUGAGCAUUGUCAUCUUCCAAAGCCUUUGAAUAAUAAAAGACUUUGUGGAAAGUGCCCUUAUCUUCUCCCUUGCACUGUUUAUCAAAGAGCUCUUUCUGAAGACAAAAAUUUGGAAGUCAAUCAUGCCAUGAUUUCUUUGAUUUCUUCUACUACAAAUCAUCUAAACUCUAGACAUUUAGAGUAUUUUGUGCAUUGGUCUAAUUUGUUACUUCUCGAAUCAUGUAACGCAGCUCUUUCUAAUGCAUUUUGGACAGAAGAAUCUAUUUAUAGAGAAAAGAAAGGCCUGUGUCUUAGUAAUUUAUCUCUGGACAAAAACGCUAAAAAGAUUGAAGAAAUAGGUGAAGUAUUUUACAUCCUUACUUUCCAUCGCUCUGAAGGCACUGCUGAUGCUUCAGCACUCACAAGUGUUGGCUUGAAAGAAGGAGAUUAUAUUGCAAUAAGCAAAGAAGGAAGCCUCACUGAAGUUGCUAUUUCUAUGGGUUACAUUGUAAAUAUUCAUGAAAAAUCUGUUGAAGUAACAGCAGACAGAGAUUUUUCGAAAAUUUCUCAAUAUGAAGAUUGUACAUUCCGGAUUGAUAAACAAAUUUCUAAUAGUGCUACUUCUUGCAUUCGCAAUAAUUUAAUGCGUUUAAUGGAGAAUGAAGAGGAAGCCUCUAGAUUAAGAGAGUUUAUAAUAGAGAAACAACAUCCAAAAUUUUCCAAGUGUCUUCCCAAAGAUGUGGUAUUACGUGGGCGCCCUAUCUUGAAAGUGCUUAAUAAAAUUCAACAGAGAGUUGUUCUUAAAGCCCUGAUGGCAGAAGAUUAUUUUAUAAUCAAAGGAAUGCCUGGAACAGGGAAGACUUCAACUAUUGUAGCACUUGUGAGGCUUCUUUCUUCUAUGGGAAUUUCAGUACUUUUGACCAGCUAUACACAUUCUGCAAUUGAUAACAUUUUGUUGAAAUUGCAAGAUCAUAUGUCAUUUGUGAGAAUUGGUCAUGAGGCUCGCAUUCAUCAAACUCUAAAGAAAUUUUCAUUUGAAAGCUUAACAAAAGAUUUUACUACUGUUGAUCAAUUUAAAUCUUUUAUGACUCAGCAGAUGGUGGUGGCAGCUACUUGUCUAUCUGUUAGUCAUGCAAUCUUUAAGAUAAAAAAGUUUGAUGUUUGUAUUGUUGAUGAAGCAUCACAGAUCAAUCAAAUUGCUUGCAUUGGACCCCUCUUUCAUGCAAAGAAAUUCAUUUUAGUUGGUGAUGAGAAACAGCUACCUCCUUUGGUUGUGAAUGAGAAGGCUAGGGAGAAAGGAAUGCAAGAGAGUUUAUUAGAAAGACUUUCCAAUUCUGAUAAUUGUAUGGAGUUAAUCAUACAGUAUAGAAUGAAUAAAGAAAUAAUGAGAUUUUGUAAUGAGCUGACCUACAAUGGAGUACUUCAAUGUGGUUCAGAAGAUAUUGCAACUACUGUAUUGAAUUUAGAUGGUCUUACCAAUAGUAUGAAUUCCACUCCAAGCUGGAUUAUUCAGACUUUAGAGUCUGAUUUAGAAAAAUCUGUGAUAUUUAUAAAUACUGAUCAAAUGAAUUUAUCUCAUUCUGAAAGAGCACAAGAUAUGAAUGAAUUUGAAGUGAAUUUAGUCCAAGCUAUUUUGCAAGUAUUAUUAAAGUGCAAAAUUUCUGAGUGGGAUAUUGGCAUUAUUACUCCGUACCGCCGUCAAGUUGAUUUAAUUGAAAAUAAACUGAGAAAAAUGAAUGUGAACAAUUUAGAAGUAAACACAGUUGAUCAAUACCAAGGACGAGACAAAGAUGUUAUUAUCAUCUCCUGUGUGAAAUGUAAUAAAUCCACAUCAGACAGUGAAAAGAAAGGUAUAAUAAUCAAUGAUGAAAAACGUUUGAAUGUUGCCAUAUCCAGAGCCAAAAGGAAACUCAUAAUCAUUGGCUGCAUGUCUUCAUUAAUUAUUUAUGAACCAUUUAAAAAUUUCUUCAAGUGCUUUACAUCUAAGCAGAUCAUAGAUCUUUCACCAGAAUCUUUUCCUUCUUGAUAUGUGAUUUAUUUAAUGUAAAAUGGAUUAAUUUUAAAACAAAUGUAUAUGUAUGUAGUAGUAUUUUAUAUUUUUUAUAAUAUUUUAUUAAAGA